AUGACAUCGACACAGGAUCACGCUGGACCUUCCAACCCAAGAGAAGGAUGGCAUACAACAACAUUGAAAAUCCCAUUUCAUACACCUCAACAUGCUCAGAUAGCGAAACAGGCCAUAGAAGUGGAUAAAGAGCAGAACGCGGUCUUCGUGCAUAGGGAAUUGGAUGUUGAGGGAGAUACGUUAAUAGCAACAUACUCAACCACUACAAUCCGAUUACUCCGUCUCUCCACCAACUCGUUCCUCUCCUCGCUUGACCUCGUAAUCCGAACGAUGACUUCCUUCGCACCUGAUCCUCAGGAUCCCAUAAUAUCAGAUGAAGAGCUAGAGAGGAUAAGGGUUGAAGCGAAUAGGUCUACGGGUGCAGGAGGAAGUAUAGAGUUGAAAGGUGAUGGUGUAGGUGCAGGAAGUGGGGAGGAGGUAAAGUAG